AUUAUUACAUCUCUCUUUCUCUCUCUCUCUCUCUACCGCGAACUCUGCCCCGCUUUCUCUCUCAUUUUCUUUUCAUCCAAUCACACCCACCGCCAUUCCCAUCCCCUUUCCUCAAAAUUUUGCCAUAUAUAUACAUAUAACUGUAUAUAUAUAUAUAUAUCUCUGGAGACUAGAGAGGGAAGAGAAGAGGUGUUGGAGGGAAUAACGAACUACACCUUUUUGGGUCUCUGAACAGAGAUGGCUUUAAGGCGCCUGAUCACAGAGGUUUCAAGGCAUCAAUCACAAUUGGGGAAAUGUAAACUUUUGUCUUCUAGAAGUUCCUUUCCCACACAGAAGUUUGGGGUUGGAGGAGGUAUUUGUGUGAACAGGCUUUUAAAUUCUCAAAAGAGGUAUCAGUCUAGCUAUGUUGGCAAUUUAGCUCGCAGAGCUCGUGAUGCAGAUGAAACGAGUGAGCUUACCCAUUUAAAAGACCUAUACCGCCGUGGUGAUCCUGAAGCAGUGAUCAGGUUAUUUGAAAGUCAACCAUCAAUGUACUCUAACCCUGAAGCACUUUUAGAGUAUGUAAAAGCAUUAGUUAAAGUUGAUAGGUUGGAUGGAAGUGAAUUGCUCAAAGUGCUUCAGAGAGGGGUUUCUAUGUCUGCUAGGGAGGAAGAAAAUAUAGGUGGCCUCGCUGCUUUCAAGAAUGUUAGAAAAUCUGCAAAAGAUGGUACUCUUGGAACUGCAAGUGCUCCUAUUCAUAUGGUAUCUGCAGAAGGGGGUAAUUUCAAAGAGCAGCUGUGGCGUACAAUUCGAACUAUUGCACUUGCUUUUCUUCUCAUCUCUGGUGUAGGGGCAUUGAUUGAGGAUAAAGGAAUUAGCAAAGGGUUAGGCCUGAAUGAAGAGGUACAACCUAGCAUGGAAUCGAACACAAAGUUUAAUGAUGUAAAGGGAGUUGAUGAGGCAAAGGCAGAGCUAGAAGAAAUUGUUCAUUAUCUAAGGGAUCCUAAGCGCUUCACCCGUUUAGGUGGAAAACUUCCUAAAGGUGUUUUGCUUGUUGGCCCACCUGGCACUGGCAAAACAAUGUUAGCUAGAGCUAUUGCUGGUGAAGCAGGAGUCCCUUUCUUCUCUUGCAGUGGCAGUGAGUUUGAAGAGAUGUUUGUUGGUGUUGGAGCCCGGAGAGUGAGAGAUCUUUUCGCAGCUGCAAAGAAACGAUCACCUUGUAUAAUCUUCAUUGAUGAGAUAGAUGCCAUAGGUGGUAGCCGCAACCCCAAGGAUCAACAGUACAUGAAGAUGACGUUGAAUCAGCUGCUUGUUGAACUGGAUGGUUUCAAACAAAAUGAAGGAAUUAUAGUAAUUGCUGCAACUAAUUUCCCUGAAUCACUAGACAAGGCACUAGUGAGGCCUGGACGGUUCGAUCGACAUAUUGUUGUUCCUAAUCCAGAUGUUGAAGGACGAAGGCAGAUUAUGGAAUCCCAUAUGUCCAAGGUUCUUAAAGCAGAUGAUGUGGAUUUGAUGAUCAUUGCUCGAGGGACCCCAGGGUUUUCGGGUGCAGAUCUUGCAAACUUGGUUAAUGUGGCUGCUCUUAAGGCUGCAAUGGAUGGUGCUAAAGCAGUCAGUAUGGCUGAUCUCGAGUUUGCGAAGGACAAGAUCAUGAUGGGAAGUGAGCGCAAAUCAGCUGUAAUAUCUGAUGAUUCACGCAAGUUAACUGCUUUCCAUGAGAGUGGACAUGCCCUUGUGGCUAUCCAUACUGAUGGUGCUCUACAAGUUCACAAGGCAACAAUAGUUCCAAGAGGAAUGGCUCUUGGAAUGGUUGCCCAAUUGCCAGACAAGGAUGAGACGAAAAUCUCUCGCAAACAGAUGCUUGCACGACUUGAUGUUUGCAUGGGUGGGCGGGUUGCAGAAGAGUUGAUCUUUGGUGAAAAUGAAGUUACUUCAGGUGCAUCUUCUGACCUUGAGAAGGCAACUUCUAUUGCAAGAGCAAUGGUUACCCAGUAUGGUAUGAGCAAAGAGGUCGGGGUUGUCACCCACAAUUAUGACGACCAUGGAAAGAGCAUGAGCACGGAAACAAGGCUGCUUAUUGAAAAGGAAGUGAAGUCUUUGUUGGAUACAGCUUACAAUAACGCAAAAGCCAUUCUCACUACUCAUUACCACGAGCUCCAUGGGCUGGCUAAUGCCUUGCUUGAGCACGAAACACUAACAGGAAGUCAGAUUAACGCUUUGCUUGCCAAAUUGAAUUCCAAAGAGCAGCAACAAGAGCAGCCACAAGUAAUUUCAGCAAAGAGUAGUUCACAGUCUAAUCCAGUGCCUCCUUCAGCGCCCAAUCCAGCUGCAUCGGCUGCAGCAGCUGCGGCAGCUGCAGCUGCCGCUGCUGCUGCCACAGCUGCAGCCACAGCUAAAGGUAUUGCUCCUGCCCAAGCAAACUCUCAACAGCAACCACAAGUAGUUUUGGCCGAGACAAAGGUUACAGCUAAGACUAAAGGCAUUGCUCCUGUGGGUUCUUAGCACAGAGGAGACUGGUAAGGGAGUCAUCUUUUUUCAAGUAAGCUAUAUAUAAUCAGCUUGAAUGUGCAUAUUAGUAAAUUUACCAGCCUCUUCGGGUGGUUUACUUUGAUUGCUGGCAGUGAGGUUUCUCUAUUGAUGCAAUGCUAGUGAAAAAAUUGACUGGAUACUGUAGAAGAGUUGAUUGGCGGGUGGUAGUAAUGUAGCAAGUUUUAAAUUAAGCCCGGCGGGAAACAUUAUUUUUCUUCUUAUAUUCUUGCUCUUUUUUUAUUUUUGAUCCAUGUUACUUAUACGGUGAAAACCGAAAAAUAGAAUAAUGAGUUCCCUUUUAGAAUUCUUGAUUCUGUUGACUAUUGGCCAAAUUUGUCUAAUAUACAAGUCAUGCUGCGCCUGGAUUCUAUUC